AGGUCAAUAGCUAGUAGUAGUCUAGUAGGUACCAGUCUACCCGAUGGACGUCUCUUGCUCCACCAAAUUCCUCACUCUCACUUUCCUCAUCCUCCUCUCAUCUGUCCUCCUUCAUGGCCCUGCCAAUGCUUCGGAUACCGUUGACGGUAGAGAAACCCUCGAAAUUAUAACAGGUGGCGGUGGACGCAAAGGCAAUGAAGAAUGUCCGCCCUCUGCUCCUCCCCGGGAAGAACCUAAAUGUAUGCCUCCACCACCAUCACCUCCUCCUCCACCUCCUCCUCCACCACCACCACCACCACCUCCACCUGCACCUCCACCUCCUUCUCCUUCUCCUCCUGCACCUCCACCUCCUUCUCCUUCUCCUCCUGCAAGACUGAAGAAGAAAAUCACGUACGAGAAGGACUCUAACUUCUGCAACUACGGCGAGAGGUUCUUUUGUAGAAACAGAAAAAGCCACACAGUCGCUGGUGUCAACUUCAAUGGCAACCACUAUGGUGGCCCGAACUUCACCCUCACUUGCUUCAUCGAUCAACUCCCAGACCAUGUUUUCUUCUACGCCAGCUCCAACAACUUCAUUUGUUCCCUCCCACAACCCACAGGGACCAAUAAAAUCCGAUUCCUCUGCGAGCUCGACCUCAGCAACACCGGAAAGUUCCCUACGUCCGUCCUUUCUGCCAGAAACCUCACCUUCUUGGAGCUCCGCUUCAACAAAUUCUCAGGUGGAGUUCCUCCUCAAGUGUUCACAUUAGACGUCGAUGUGAUCUUCCUCAACAACAACGGCUUCGCACAAACCCUCCCUGCCAACCUUGGAAGCACACCAGCAAGCUCACCGGUCCAAUCCCACGAAGCAUGGCCCAGGCCAACCGGACAUUGCUUGAAUUCUUGUUCCUCAACAAGAACUAUUCCGGUUGCUUACCUUACGAAAUCGGUUGACAACAACCACCACCACCAUUACCCUUUACCCUUUAAAAAAGAACAAACCAAGCUCCUCUCUCUCUCUCUCUCUCUCUCAUUCUCAAAGUAUAAGCUUUUAGUUCCCACUUGGAUUCCUGCUUCGCCUUUGCCCCAAAACAAGAAAGGGGAGAUGGGCUACUACGUUUCAAUCUCUAGCAAAUCACUAACCAUCAUCACCUUCUUUGUUCUCCUUUCUUCCUCCCUCCAUGUACUUGGUAGCACUUCAGUCCCGGAAACCAAAAGAGAAACACUACAAAUCAUAAUAGGCGGCGGUAUUGGUGGCCGCGUCGGUGGUGGUGGAAGUGGCGGUUGCACCCAAACUAAAUGUUCAACACCGCCGCAGCAAUUAAUAUUCGCAGACCAAAGACUAGCUAUUGUAUAUCCGGUAAUCCAAAACUUCAAGAAAACAAUAACCUCCGAUCCCCUCGGAAUCACCAAAACAUGGGUAGGCUCCGACAUCUGCAACUACAAAGGCUUCUUCUGCGACAGCCCACCAGACAACAAAACCGCCACUACACUCGCCUCCGUCGACUUCAACGGCUUCGCACUUACAGCCCCAACUCUGGACGGCUUCCUCGACCAACUCCCCGACAUCGCUCUCUUCCACGCCAACUCCAACCAUUUCACCGGCACCGUCUCUCCUAAAAUCUCCCACCUCCGCUACCUCUACGAACUAGACCUCAGCAACAACAACUUCUCCGGCGAAUUCCCAGCCGCCGUGUUAGCCAUGGAAGGCCUCUCCUUUUUGGACAUCCGGUUCAACUCCUUCACCGGUUCAGUCCCGGCUCAGGUAUUUAACCAGACUCUCGACCUCCUCUUCGUCAACAACAAUAACUUCAAGCAGAAGCUUCCAGAUAACCUUGGCAACACCUCCGUUCGAUACCUCACCUUGGCCAACAACAUGUUUGUGGGUCCCAUCCCGAAGAGUAUCGGAAAAGCUGCGAACACAUUGGCUGAGGUUCUGUUCCUCAACAACCAGCUCUCGUGUUGCCUUCCGUACGAGAUCGGUUUACUGAAAGAGGCGAACGUGUUCGAUGCCGGUUUGAACAGGCUGACCGGACCUUUGCCGUGCUCGUUGGGUUGCUUGGAGAAUAUGGAGCUGCUCAACUUCGCCGGCAACGAAUUGUACGGUGAGGUGCCGGAGGUGGUAUGUGCGCUGGGGAAGCUAAAGAACUUGUCCUUAUCGGACAAUUAUUUCAUGGUUGUGGGUCCCAUCUGCAGGAAUUUGAUAAAGAGUGGGGUCCUUGAUGUGAGGAAGAACUGCAUUCCUGAUCUGCCGUCACAGAGAUCAGUGAUCGAGUGCGCGGAGUUCUUCACACACCCCAGGAUCUGCCCUGACCUGGCGUCGUAUACUAUCAUUCCUUGCAAGCUUUCGAACUUACCGUUUCCGUUCCCAUUUCCGUUCCCAUGGAAGAAUACUCCACGUUCACCGCCGGUGCAGAGAAAGCAGACAAGGGCCCCUUCUCCUUCGUACUCUGCUCUUAUAAGGCAUCGUUUGUGAUGCAUUACUCUACUCUGUUAGGCCUCUCUUUGGAUGAUUUUUGAUUUCAAUUUCUAAUUGAUAUCUUGAAAUAAAUUAAUAAACAAUUCUUAUCAAGAAAUUGAAAUUAUUUGGUUA